CGUCCCGGGGAGGCGCACUCCGGGACAGACGGGGCAGACGUGGCCACAACGCGCCACCAAACACCAAAACAAACCACUUUCUCUGGCACAGCGCGGCAGAAGAAGACGUGGACUGCGCAGUUUGGAGUUCGUGAAAAAUGCGCAACUGGAAUCCCAACUUCCACAACUUUUACGCAUGAGAUCUGUGGGUAAAGAUGAGUGAGGAGGCGUUCGAGGUCUCUGGGAGAAACGAGUACCGGUACCUGGUCCAGGACGAGGAGGAGGAGGUGCAGUACGCGCGGCACCGGCAGUACAUCAGCCCCCUGGUGGUCCUGUCGCGCCGCUGCAUCGCUCUCAUUGUGGUGGGAGUUCUCGCUUUACUCUUUCUGGCCACGUACCUGGGAUAUGUGGCCAAAACUCUGCCCCCUGGAGCCGCUCAAGUCAGCACCCCCUGUGGGACGUACAAGGGACUGCACAAACAUGGAGCAUACUCGUUCAAAGGCCUGAGGUAUGCGGCGCCCCCUGUUGGCCCCCUGCGGUGGGCUCCCCCUGUGGCCGCAGAGUGUAAGAGCGACUCGGUGCACGACGCCACGCGCUUCGGCAGCGUCUGCGCUCAGGUCCGGCCUCUGUCCAGCUCCGGCUCGGUGCUGGGACACGAGGACUGUCUCUUCCUGAACGUGUGGACCCCGUCGCUGGCGCCGCCCGCCCCGCUGCCCGUGCUGGUGUGGAUCCACGGCGGGUACCUGCACAUGCUGAGCGGGGGCGAGGCCGGGUACUCCCCCUCGGAGCGGCUGGCGGCGGAGACGGGCCUGGUCUACGUCAGCCUCAACUACAGACUCAACGCCUUCGGGUUCAUGGCCCUGGAGACGCUCAGGGACGGAAAGACCAACAGCUCAGGGAACUACGGCUUCAUGGACCAGAUCUUGGCUCUGCAGUGGGUCCAGAAGAACAUCCACCUGUUUGGAGGAGACGCGUCUCAAGUCACGAUCAUGGGACAGAGCUCAGGCGGCACUUCGGUCUGGACCCUGAUGACGUCUCCGUUGGCCAAAGGUCUUUUCCGAGCCGCCGUGGACAUGAGCGGCUCGUUCGUGUACAAAGCCACGCUCCCCGAAGCCGAGAGGGACAACCUGGUCUUCCUCAACAGGACGGGCUGCGAGGACGCCCCCUGUCUGCGGCGCCUGUCAGUGCGGCAGGUGCUCCAGGCCGUCCCGUGGCAGGAGUACCCGUUCUGGGCGUACGACGACGGGACGGAGCUGCCGACCCGGGGCCUGCUGCCCGGAGCCGUGGCGGUGGUGGACGGGCACGUGCUGCCCGACGCGCCGCUCUCUCUGUGGGCGCGGGGGGGGCGGGGCUACAGCGACGUGCCGUUUGUGAUCGGCACCACGGAGCAGGAGGUCGACUUCUACCCCCCCUCGCCGAACAUCUCCCUCUGGACGUGGGGGGACUACCGCUGGUUUGUGACGCAAAAACUCUCCACCUUCAACGAGUCUCUGCCUCGUCUGGCGCUGGAGCAGUACUCGCCCUCUGCCCCCUGCCCCACCCGAGACCGCUGCCCCGAGAGAGCCUACACCACCAUGACCUCCGACAUCCGAGUCACCUGCCCCAACCACGAGCUGGCCCGGAGAGCAACCGCUGCUCUGAACAGCCCGGUGUACCGCUACGUGCUGACCCACACCCCCUCCAGAGCCAUCUCCCCCUCCCCUCCUCUGCUCCUGUUCCCCAGCCGCUUCUCCUUCCACACCCUGGACUCCGUGGCCUUCUUCAGGGGUCUGGAGCCUCUGCUGGGGUCUCCUCUGCUCCAGGACGACCAGCGCUUCCAAGACCUCAUCACCCACCACCUCGUCUACUUCAUCAAACAAGGUAAAAUGGAGGCGUCGUGGUCUGAGUUUCCGUCCGUGGCUCUGAUCUCUGACAACUUCACUGUGGUUGCGUCCGACGAUCCUGUGGUGACGCGCUGUAAACUCUGGGAUGAGAACGGAUUUUUGGAAUACGCCUGGAUCAACUGAGACUAACUGGAACCAACCCAGACUCAACUGAUCCUGAUUCAACUGACCCUGACAAAUGACCACAACUCGACUAAACCCAACUCA